AGAUGCUGCUAGUGGAUGGGAGGGGGUACACGCGCAAGACGAGAGGGACGUUGGACUUGAAUUAUCCGAACAACAUCCAGCAUAUUCAAGGAGGCACAUCCCGAGAAUUUGUUCAAUGAUGUUGCGGAUUGGAUUUGUGGUGAUCUUUUUUGUGCGUAUUUCUGGUGCGUAAAGUUCCGUGCGUACGCGUUCACGCUAGAGAACUGUCACGCCGAAUUGAUGAGGAUUUCAAUAUAAAUGAAGAUACUUUUUGGCCAUUUUUUUAAAAACGCGAUUUUACUUCAGCUGUCGUGUGAACAGCAGCGCUCAUGCCGGACUUUCAUUUUGGACUUCGCAUUUUCACUCAUUUGAAUGAAAUGGAACAGGGGAUCUUCACCUGCAAGGGACUGAAGGCUAUUGGAUCUAUUAUUUCACACCAAACACGUAGCGCUUAAAGCUGAAAGGAUUCCGAAGCAAGGAGAAGUUCAUUUUUGAGACCUUCCAGCAGCGAAUCAGCGGAGUAUUCAUGAAUCAAUAUUUGAAUUACUACAAGAUGAGGUUGAGAGCAUCGAGGUUAGGUUAUCUGUUACUCCAGUUCACAGCGCUUUGCUUUUACGCACAGAACACAGUGCAGUCUCCUCCUAAUUUCAAGCACCAUGUCACCGAGCAGAGUCGGCUGUCGGACCGGAUGAGCCGCCGGUUGACUCGAACCUACCAACUGUACAGUCGGACCAGCGGGAAACACGUCCAGGUGCUAUCCAACAAGAGGAUCAACGCAAACGGAGACGACGGAGCGGCGCACGCUAAACUUGAGGUGGAGACCGAUUCUUUCGGCAGCCGAGUGCGGAUCAGAGGGGUGAAGAGUGGAUACUACAUAUGCAUGAAUAAACGCGGGAAGCUGAUUGGAAAGAAAAAGGGAAGAGGCAAAGAUUGCAUUUUUACCGAAAUAGUUCUGGAAAAUAACUACACGGCACUCCAGAACGCCAAAUACGAGGGCUGGUACAUGGCUUUCACACGCAAGGGUCGUCCAAGGAAGGCGUCAAAGACCAAGCAGCACCAGAGAGAGGCCCACUUCAUGAAGCGGCUACCUAGGGGGCACUUGCUGAGUGAGAGAAGACCAUUUGAUGUUCUGCCGCUCUCUGUUCUUCCUUUAAGCAAGCGGACUAAACAUUCACAUCAGCAGCGCUCAGUGGGCCGCUGAGAGGCGACAAUGUGGACAAACCAUCACGGACAAACCACGAUGGGAGGCGGUGGGGGUGUGGAGGGGGAAGUGGGGGCAAUUCACCUUUCACGGUCAAAUGCCACUUUCUCUCUCAUUUCCUGGACUCCUGAUGUCAUUCUUUGCUCUGGAUUUUCCGUACGCAUUGACUGUCAAAUUUGAUCAUUAUUUCCUAUUUAGUGAGAUGUUGGAUGUAAUCUUUCUCAUUAAAUUCGCGGGAAAGUUGAAUUGAUAGGAAGAGGUGGCGCGGGUCGAAAAUGGGCGAGAAAGAUGUUGAAAGUACAAUGAAGCUAAAUGAGGCAGCUAGCUCUAUUUUUACUGUUGUGGUUCAAGCAUCUGAGUUUCAGUUGACUUUCUCAUUCCCGCGAGGGGGUCAUUUUGAAAGUUUUUUUCAACAUCUAUGAAUAUAUAUUUUUACUGUAAAAAUGUAAAUGACAUCAAAUGGAUAUUUAUUGUAGAGUGUAUAUUAAAAUCA